AUGGAAACUCAUGAGGUAGCAUAUGGAGUACCCAUUGUUAGUGUUGUAAGGGAUGGCUUUUGUGUUCCUUAUCCUGUGGAGUUAGUCAUCAAGAAGAAAGAUCAUGGGUUCUUUGAUACUCGCUUCGAAGUACAGGAUGUUAAUGGCAAUCUCUUCCUUCAAGUUGAUGGCUUCUACAGAAACUUCCAAAAGAAAAGAAUCAUGCGUGAUCCUGCUGGUUUUCUUAUCCUCACAAUGCGCGAAAAGGUACUUACAAGCAGAAAUCGUUGGCUAGUUCAUCAAGGAGAAAGUUCAGAAAGGAACGAUCUCCUCUUCAGUGUGCAGCGAUCCCAUCCUUUCCAGGUGAAAACAAGGCUUGAUGUCUCCUUAGCUAGCAACAUCAAUGAAGAUAUCAGCAACUUCCAGGUUGUUGGUUGCUACUCCUCUCAGUCUUGUAAAGUUUACAAAGAUGAUACUUUGGUUGCAGAGGUGAAUCACAAAUUUACCUGGGGAAGCUUCUUGGGAGGUAGUGAUAAGUUCAGGGUACAAGUUUAUCCAGGAGUAGAUUAUGCCUUCAUUGUGGCAUUGGUUAUUAUUUUCAGUGAAAUUGACAUGUAGCAUUAUUUAUCAUCUUUGUAAAACUGUGAAGGUAAUUUAGUUUAUGUGUACUAGACACCUUUGUUACAUCGACUCGAUAUUGAGUAAAAAUGUUUUUUAUA